AUGGAUCCCCUUGGAGUUCAAUCUCGCGGAAUACGCAUCAGGAACAAGGUCCAUGCUCGCCUCACUGAGCCAAAGAGUUGGUUGCUGCCGAAACAGUCGAGCAGCAUCGCUCCGCCGGAUGUCUGGACAAACGCGGAUCAAGAUCCCGUCCCCGUGGAGAAGCGGACCUGGACCAGUUGGACCUUCAUCACGUAUUGGUUUAGCGACCUGGUCACUAUCUCGACAUGGACAGCAGCCAGCUCCAUAAUGACCACCGGGCUGACUGCCACGGAUGCGAUUCUCAUCACCCUAGUUGCAGCGAUCUGCAACGCCAUCCCGACCGUGUUGAACGGCGCGAUAGGAUCUGACCUGCACAUCCCGUUUCCCAUCGCAGUCCGUGCGAGCUUCGGCUACUGGCUCAGCUAUUUUGUCGUGAUCAGCCGAGGUAUCCUGGCCCUCUUCUGGUUCGGUGUUCAGAGUGCAAGCGGCGGAACAUGUGUCAGACAGAUGCUCAUCGCUAUCUGGCCUAGCUUCGGGCGUCUUCCAAACCAUCUGCCAGAUUCAGCCGGAACGACAAGCCAGGGACUCAUCUCCUACUUCAUCUACUGGGUGAUACAGUUCCCGCUCCUCCUCGUCCCAACUCACAGGCUGCAGUACAUGUUCUGGGCAAAGACGGCCCUUGUUACGCCCAUGGCCGUAGCCAUGGUGAUCUGGAUCACCGUGAAGGCAGGCGGCAACGGGGCGUUUUUCUACGCUCCUAGCACAGUCCACGGCUCGGAGCGGGCCUGGCUCUGGCUGGCGAAUCUCACCAGCGUGACCGGGGGUUACAGCACGCUUGCCUGCAACAUCCCAGACUUCAGCCGCUUCUCCCAAACACGCGGCGCCCAGGUCUGGCAACUGCCCUUCAUCCCCAUCUUCAAGGUGCUCAUCGGCGUCUUUGGCAUCAUAGCGGCCUCUGCUUCUCAGGAAGUCUUUGGCAAGACCUCCUGGAACCCGCUCGACAUCGUCGGGCAGUGGCAGGGCUCCUCCGGCGGCCGCGCCGCGGCCUUCUUCUGCGCAGGCAUCUGGCUCCUCGCGCAGAUCAGCGUCAACAUCAGCGCCAACAGCAUCUCGUUCGCCAACGACAUCACCACGCUGCUGCCGAGGUACUUCAACAUCCGCCGCGGCGUCGUGUUUGCCUCCCUGAUCGGCGGCUGGGCGCUCUGCCCGUGGAUCAUCGUCGCCUCGGCAAAGGCCUUCCUGAACUUCAUGUCGGCGUACGCCAUCUUCAUGGCGCCCAUUGCCGCCGUGCUGUGCGUGGACUACUGGAUCGUCAAGAAGCGCAGGUACGACGUGCCGGCGCUGUACGAUCCGAGGGGCAUCUACCGGUACGACUAUGGCGUCAACUGGCGCGCCCUGGUCGUUCUGGUCCUGACGAUCGUUCCUCUUCUGCCGGCGCUGGCCAAGACUGUCGCGCCCAACAACGUUGACAUCGAUCAAGGCCUGCAGAACCUCUUCACCUUCAACUGGCUGUACGGCUUCUUUGUGUCCGCGUCCAUCUACUUGGUGCUCAACUUCUUCUUCCCGCACGAGAAGACUUUGAUCAGUCACGUAGUGCAAGGGUACGAUGUCACCCCUGGUGUUGUGGAUGAUGCUGAGAGUCAGACCACGGAGCCGGUCGAGAAGGGAUCGCAGCAGUUCCCUGAGAAAGAGGGUACAGGAAAUCGCCCAGUUGCCGCAGCUGGAGAGGCCUCUAUAGUAUAA